AAGGAAGCUGCUACAUUUUCAAACAAGAAGUAGAACCCUUCGGUUAUAGUCGUCAAGAAACAGAAGGACAACAAUGGACGAAGUUCAAGAAAGAGAGAAAAAAGAAGAAUUCGAUGCAUCAGAGAUUGAAUACGUUAGCUAUGGUGGUGAGCAUCACCUACCAUUAAUCAUGAAUCUUGUCGAUCAAGAACUUAGUGAGCCUUACUCCAUCUUCACCUACCGUUACUUUGUUUAUCUUUGGCCACAACUUUCUUUCUUGGCGUUUCACAAAGGCAAAUGUGUAGGGACUGUUGUUUGUAAGAUGGGGGAUCAUCGGAAUUCAACUUUUAGAGGUUACAUUGCUAUGUUAGUUGUCAUCAAACCUUAUCGAGGAAGAGGCAUUGCUACUGAACUUGUUACCAGAUCUAUUCAAGUGAUGAUGGAAUCUGGAUGCGAAGAGGUAACAUUGGAAGCAGAAGUUACAAAUAAAGGAGCACUUGCACUAUAUGGCCGUCUUGGUUUUAUUAGAGCAAAACGACUCUUUCACUAUUACUUGAAUGGAGUUGAUGCCUUUCGUCUGAAGCUGCUAUUUCCCCAGCCAGAGUUAUACCCCUCUUUGCCUACGAUGGCUGAUAGAGACGAUACACACGAGCAUGAUGAUUGCUAGCCAAUGGAUGAGCUUUCCGAGCCCCGAGCUCCACAGAGGCUUGGAACAAGUGGGCUUUCUACCAUUCAUUGCACAGUCUCUACGAACUACAAGGAUGGUUUGAUAUUUGCUCUUUAGAGAGGCAGCACUGCCUCGUAAUCUACACAGGAACUCGCACAAACGUGGGUUCUUGGUCAAGUCAAUUUUGUUCACUGAAGUUGAUGUACAUGUUUUAUUGGCGUUGUCCAAUAGAAAUGUAUCAACAUACGAGGCCGAAGCGCUCAUACUGUAAUACUUGCACAUUAUAGAUGUGGCAGCUAUGACCAAAACAGCCAAUCUCUCUCUGUUCACUCUCAAAAUAUUUGAUUUAGGCAAAGAUCAAGUCUAAUAAACCAAAAAUGUUUCAGCAA